AUGGCACCAAAGAAAGGACAAGACAACAAGAAACCUGCCCAAACACCUGCUCGAACAGCUACCGAGGUUUACGACGAGGGAGAGAACAACUUCAGCACAGAUGUUUAUGCUAGUCUCAUAGAAGACGAGAUUAGCAGCGUAGAUGAGGAUAUCGCCCCCCAAUAUCCCACAGGGCCUACAACAUAUCAAGAGUCGGAUGAGCUGUGGCAACAAGCAGCCAAGGGCGAGCGCGCCAUCAAGCUACCUGUUGGGGCUAACAUGCCCAAGUGGCUUAAUAUAGAGGAAAGCCAGCUAGGAGCAGCUGCCAUCACGACCUAUGUGUCCUACCUGGAUGCGAAUCAGGUUCAGCACCAAGAGAUCUGGUUGGCCAAUAGCAAGAAUGACCACUCGACCAAGACGCCACCCUGUUGGGUGGAGUUUGAUAAGGACAACCACGUCAACCGCAUCGUCUUCUCCGUCCCGCAUCCGGAAUACUUUAACCGCUACCGCGGCACGGUAGUCACUCACACGAUGAGAGCCAAUGCGCUCAAAGAGCGCUUAAUGGAUUUCGCAAUGGUGAAGACCACAACGGGUAUUAUUCUGCGCAUGUCGGACUUUGAGGACUACGGCGAAGACAAUGAGACACUCCGUACAGUUCUAAGCAUCCCGAACUUGAGGAACAGUACCCUUAACGUCCUCCUUACCGGCUACAAGAAGAUAACCAAAGAGGAGGUUGAGGGGAUCAAGGCGAUGCGGAAGACCAUGGACGUCGAACUCACGGAGAAGCCAUCUCACUGGGACAGAGCGGACGUCAUCUCGAAGUACGGCCACCACGCAUUUACGUUCAAAUUGAUCGCAGAGCGGCGGGAGGGGCCGAGGCAGUCUACCGAACCCAAGACGCAACCCCUUGCAUUGUCGCUAUAUGAAAUCGACGGAAACACCUUCCUCAAAAGAUACAACACCACGGUCGCGGACCUUCUCGCGAAGGAAGAGAUCAAGAAACAGAAAGCCUGCGUGCGAAGGAAGAAGAGGAGAGCAGUUGAGAUGGAGGGUGAGGACAAAGAGAACGCCGAGGACAGCUAUCAAACACCAAACUUGACGCCUUUGAGAAAGAGAGUCGCAAGCAUUUAA